AAUCCUUAUCCUUCAUUCCUCUACCUUAUUGCUCAUGGAAUCAGCAACGUAUACCCACGGACAUCACCCCUCGGUGCUGCGCGCCCACACCUGGCGCACGGCACGCAACUCGGUGGCCUUUGUGCUCCCCCAUGUGCAGCCGGCGAUGCGCAUCCUCGAUCUCGGGUGCGGCCCGGGCAGCAUCACCGUCGACCUGGCGGCGUACGUGCCGUCGGGCCACAUCACGGGCGUCGACGCCGUGGGCAGCGUGCUGGAGCAGGCGCGGGCCCUCGCGCAGAGCAGGGGAGUGCGCAACAUCACCUUCACGACGGGGGAUGCCAACGCGCUGCCCUUUGCCGACGGCGCCUUCGACCUCGUGCUGGUGCACCAGAUGCUGCAGCAUGUCGCCGACCCCGUGGCGAUCCUGCGGGAGAUGAAACGCGUCACCCAACGGGGCGGGCUGGUGGCCGUCCGGGAGGCCGACUUCGGCGGCUUCAUCUUCCACCCGCGCUCGGCGCCGCUGGACCGCUGGAUGGAGCUGUAUGCGGCCGUGGCGCGGCGCAACGGCGGCGAGCCUCAUGCCGGGCGACGACUCCAUGUGUGGGCGCGCCAGGCCGGGCUGACGGACGUGGCCUGCUCGUCGAGCACCUGGUGUUAUGCGACGCGCGACGAGAUCCAGUGGUGGAGUGGCCUGUGGGCGGAACGGACGGUGGCCUCGUCGCUGGCGCAGACGGCAGAGGCGCAUGGCCUGGCGAGUGCAGACGAACUGGCCGAGUUGAGCGCCGGAUGGGAGGCGUGGGGGGAGGAGGAGGAGGCCUGGUUUUCUUGUCUGCAUGGAGAGAUCAUCUGUAGGGUUUAGAUAGUAGUAUAUAUAGUAUAUACUAACUAUCUAUACUAUAGUUGUAUAGUAUAUACUAACUAUCUAUACUAGUUGUAUAGUAUAUACUGACUAUCUAUACUAUAGUAUAUACUAACUAUCUUAUAUUAUA